GCUUUCAGAAAAAAGCCAGUCCCUACGGUCUCCAGUUUCGGAUCUCUGGACCCUCUCUGCGGGCACCUAGCGUAUUUGCAGGUGACUACGCAUGGCAGCCCCUCUUGCACCACAACCACCAGAUCCCCAGUUUGUCCUCCGAGGUACACAGUCAGCAGUGAAUGCUGUCCAUUUCUUUGGAGGAACCCAGGCUCAGGGGUGCCCUCUCCUCUUUUCAGGGUCUCAGAGUGGCUUGGUACACAUCUGGAGCCUGCAGACACGGAGAACAGUUGCCACCCUGGAUGGCCAUGGGGGCCAGAGUGUGACCUGGCUGCAGACACUGCCCCAGGGGCCACAGCUCCUCAGUCAGGGCCGGGAUCUGCAGCUGUGCCUAUGGGACCUGGCAGAGGGCAGGAACACCAUCAUGGACUCUGUGCACCUGGAAAGUGUGGGCUUCUGCAGGAGCUCCAUCCUGGCUGAGGGGCAGUUGCACUGGAUGCUUGCUGUGCCAGGGAAGGACAGUGAUGAGGUUCAGAUUCUGGAGAUGCCAUCCAAGACGUCAGUGUGCACCCUGAAGCCGGAGGCAGAUGCCAAGCCAGGCAUGCCCAUGUGCCUGAGGCUGUGGCAGGCUAACACUGACCCCCGCCCUCUCCUUCUGGUCGGCUAUGAGGACGGAUCAGUGGCCCUGUGGGACAUCUCAGAGAGGAAGGUGUGCAGCCGCAUUGCCUGCCAUGGGGAGCCAGUCAUGGGCCUUGACUUCGACUCCCAGAAGACCAGAGGCAUCUCAGGCUCUGCAGGGAAGGCGCUGGCUGUCUGGAGCCUGGAUGGGCAGCAGGCCCUACAGGUGUGCCACACUCAUGAACUCACCAAUCCUGGGAUUGCUGAUGUCAUGAUCCGGCCAGAUCGAAAGAUCCUGGCUACUGCAGGUUGGGACCAUCGCAUCCGCAUAUUUCACUGGAGAACAAUGAAACCACUGGCUGUGUUGGCCUUCCACAGUGCUUCUGUCCACUGUGUGGCCUUUGCUGCUGAUGGCUUGUUGGCUGCAGGAUCCAAGGACCAGCGCAUCAGCAUUUGGUCACUGUACCAACGCACAUGAUCUGGGCACUCCCUUUUUGAAAUACUCAAAAGACUGAAGUAUUGCACCAACCAGAAUGGCUAAACCAUGAGGAUUCAAUACUGUGGAUCAGCAUUAUCUUCUAAGCAAACAGAAAAGAAAAUGUGAUUCACAGGUGACACCUGGAGUUCCAUGCAGUGUCCCUGGGAUGAGCCUGGGGAUGGUGGCUCCUGAAGGCAGUAUGUUGGACUCCAUCCUCACUCAUGCAGCAAGACAUUUCCCAGUGCAUCCAGCCUUCAACUGAGAGGCACAAAUUUCAUUUAUCUGCCUCUCCAAAUGUUCUUCCAUAACAUUCUUUGACAUAGUGGGGAGGCCACUCACAACCAAAUAAAACUGGUGUUUAGAAGUA